GUGCUUUCUGGCAGCCAAAGCGUAUCUAUAUGAACUUGAGCUUUUUAAGCUCACUCCCAAAGCGGGAGUUUGUGAACGGUAUGGCGGAGGUCAUCAAGGUAUGCCAGUAACUUGCGUCUUGCAUCUUGCGUUUUGCUCUUUUUUCUCAUUCUAGUUAUUAGACUGCUUGCAUUUGGAGCAUGGAUGAUUUUAUCAAACUUGAACAAGGGGUUGAAAAGAUUCAAGAUGCGGUGCUCAAAGGCGUUGAGGACAAUGUAACAGGAGCUACGGUGGACACAAGAACAGAGGGUCAAUGUCUGUUGUUGGAUGUCAUUGUGUCAUCAGCCCGGGUCAAGGCGCAUGUUGUAACGGUCGACGAAAGAGAGACUGGCUUAAGAGGGCUUCUCAAUUACGGACAUUCCAUUGGCCAUGCUAUUGAGGCUAUACUGGCGCCAGAGGUUUUGCAUGGAGAGUGUGUUGCCAUCGGUAUGAUCCAAGAAGCUGAGUUAUCAUAUUCACUUGGCCAUCUAGGCAGCGCUUCCAUUGAGCGCAUCUCGCGUUGUCUUUCCUCGUAUGGUCUACCUAUUUCUCUUGAAGACGAGCGAUUGUUAUGUCGCUCAAAUGGUAAACCAUGUCCAGUUAAUAAUUUGAUGGAUAAUAUGCGAAUAGACAAGAAGAACUCGGGGUCCACCAAAAAAAUUGUCCUGCUUUCUGCCAUUGGAAAGACUUGGGAGCAAAAGGCGUCGGCGGUCAACGAUGAUGCGAUAGAAGCUGUUCUGAAAGCACACCAACCCAAGAUUUCCAGUCUAAAGAGAGCGAAAAUUGAUUCAGCAACUGUUCAGGACGAUCACAACAAAUCCUUCCGAUCGUUUGUUUCUCUCAGUUUCCAGGAUUAUAGCAUGGUGACCAGCGAAACGCUGCAAACUAUUGCCAAAGAUACAUCUGCUGUGGAAUUCCGUGUAGACCUUCUCCGCGACCCCAACAACGCUGUUCCCUCAACCGAAUUUGUCAAAGAACAACUUACAAUCUUAAGAAACAAGAUUGGCCUCACCCCUAUUGUGUACACUGUACGCACACAGUCUCAAGCCGGUACAUUUCCAGACGAGCGUCAGGACAAGAUGUUUGAACUCCUACAACUGGGAAUCGAAAGCGGCUGUGAAUUCGUUGAUGUGGACAUGACGGCUUCAGUAAAGGAUAUUGAAGCGCUUGUUGCAGCAAAAGGAUCCAGUACAAUCAUAGCUUCCUUCCAUGAUCCAGUGGGCCAACAUUCGUGGAGCUCAGGCAUGAUGCCGUUUUAUCAAAAAGCCUCCCAAUACGGCGACGUGGUCAAGCUCAUUGGUACCGCCAAGUGUAUGCAAGAUAACAUUGAGCUGGAAGCAUUUAGAGAACAAGUCAAGGGUAGCCGUAAGCCACUGAUCGCCGUUAACAUGGGAGACAAGGGAAAGCUGAGUCGAGUGCUGAACCCAUUCCUUACUCCUACCACGCACAUUUUGCUGCCUUUUGCAGCUGCUCCCGGACAAAUGACGGAUCAACAAAUUGAGCAGUGGCGAAAAGAGCUAUGCCUGUAGGAAGGCGAUUGUAGAAAAGUGAUAUAGAAAGAGAAAAAUCUAUUAAAGGUAUUUUUAGAAAGAAAAGAGAAAAUGGAAAAUAAAAAAGGGGGAAAAUCAAGACAAAGGAAGCAUAUACAAUC